AUGCGCGCACCAUUGGCUUGUCGUGAGCUGGAGUUGCUCAUCUCCGAUCUCUACAAUUGGGGCCCUAAUGGAAUUUUACACAAUUUGCAUGAUCUUGAUGUGGUAGAUGAAGAAAGCUCUUGUGGAAAUCAAGCUGGGAACACACCCAUUUGCAUGAGUGAGGACAAUGCUAAUGAAAUUAGUGAUGCUAGAGAUUAG